UGAUAAGUGAGAUUUAAAUGGAGGAUUCAAGUCAACCCGGACCGUCGCGGUUGUCAUCAAAGGAAGAAAGUCCUACAACGCCAAGCUGCACCCAAUUUUUUUGGGUCCCAGGCCAAACGCAUAACAUGUUCCUGAGUGAGGCUCCUUGGAGCAUUUGUGGAGAUGGAAAGAAGACAAUGGUUUUGACACUGGAACCGAAAUGUUCGGACAUCAACAUUGAAGUGAUGGAAAUUAUUCCAGAGUCGCCGCCACCAACGCCAACGCAGUACAACGACAAUUGGGUGGAUUCGGACCAGGAAGCCCUGUGUCCUAUGUCCCCUCAAGAAAAUGAGGAAUCGCCUCCAACUCCAGCGAAUUCUCCAUCAUUGCCGCAAGUGCUACCUGAAGGAUUUAUUUCACAAACUUUGGAGACUACUCGAAAUGACAUGACGUCCGACUUGGUCAUGCAAGAAUCUAUUUAUGUUGAAGACGUAAUAGAAGACGCUGUUUUUCAUAGAAAUAACGCCGAAUACAACAAAAUUAAGGAAAUGCUGAGCACCAUUGUACACGAAUGAUACUAAGAUUAAAGGCAGUACAAUGACAUGAUA